CUUCACUCCAUCAUCAACACCACCAUCAACAUCCCAGAAGUCGAAACUAUGUCUUCCGAGAACAUGACUGUACAAGAGAAAGUCGACGGGCUGAACGAGGUGCUCAAAUCCAUGAAGUACUGCAUGUUCACCACCCGUUCCCCAGCCGGAGAGCUCCACGCACGGUGCAUGACCCUUGGCUCCACCGAUGAACAUUUCAAGUUUUCGUUCAUCGCUAAUAACGUGACGUUCAGGAUUGACGAGAUCGAGUUUGACGGCCAUGUGAAUCUGUCAUUCUUCGACCCCAGCUCGACCUGCUGGGUCUCUGUAGCUGGUACUGCUCAGAUCAGCAAUGACAAGGAGACGAUCGAUUCACUCUGGAAGCCCGCGGACGAAGCCUGGUUCGGUGACUUGGGCGAUGGAGUGCACACUGGGCAAGUGUCCGACCCGCGCGUUUGCGCUAUCCAGGUCGUCCCGGAUAGCAUCAGGUACUGGAUUUCACGCCAUGCGAUGCCAGGAGGGACGGCUGCGCAUGGAGAGCUCGUGACUAUUCCUGGUGUAGAGAUGCGCGUGAUCGAGGGGAUGAGUACGAGUUGCAAAUGCAAUCAUUAAGUUAGAGACCGAGGCAGGAUACGUCGAAGAAUAUGAAUACAAUUUG